AAAAAAGAUAUACUCCAUAAAGAAAACAUGGAGGGAAGCAAACAGACAAUAUAUGGUGUUGGAUCAGAGUGUUUGCUUUUUGUAUAAAUUGACGAACAUCAUCAGUGUUCUCAACACUGUCCCAAUCCUUUACAGGAUCCUAUGAAUCUCCUUCAACUCAUCAACCCUUAAAAGAACAAUUCUCUUCCAAAAUCUUGAAGUACCAUUUGCUCUUAAAAAAAAAAAAUUGCAAACAAGAAGGUCAAGUUUUCCUAUUAUUAGAUCCAGUAUAUUGAGCUCUUCCAAAAGUUUUUUGAAGAAAUAAUCAUCAUUUCAACACUAGGUUGCAAUCCAUUAUGGGCCUCUCACAGUAUCCAACUCCAGCAGAUGCAGGGAUUCUCGGCGUCAUUCUAGUAAAAACAGCCAUAUCCAUCUCCAUUAUCAAGGAGAUACUCCGAUCGAUCCUUCAUGUGAUUGGCAUCCAUAUCGCAUCAUGGGAGGACUAUUCUAUUGAAGGCCCCUCGAACUCAUUUGAAUGUCGCGGAAGCCCACCCGAGUCAUACAUGGAGGAGUUUAGAACCCGAACACCUUCAUUCCGUUAUGACUCGUUGUGUACCUCUAACCAUCCCGAACAGGAAUGCUCGGUGUGCUUGACAAAAUUCGAGCCUGACGCAGGGGUAAACCGUUUAUCGUGUGGCCAUGUUUUCCAUAAGGUUUGUCUAGAGAAGUGGCUCAGGUAUUGGCAUGUAACUUGUCCUCUUUGCAGAAAUUACUUGAUGCCUCAACAAGAAGAGGAUGAUACGUGUCCAAUGUGAGAUUAAACGUUUUAUGAUGCCACUUCAUCCAUUUGAGGAUGUUCUUGUGUGCAGCUUAAUAGUGUAUGUUGUCCAUUAGCUUGUUAUAUUUGUGAUGCUUUGCGUCCUCUCCAGAGUGACGGGUCUCUUUGGUGUGACCAAAAACUUGUACUUUGUACAUGUAGUUCUGUAGCUUGAUGUAUUUGUAAUGCUUUGCGUCCUCUCUCCGAGUGACGGAUCUCGUUAGUGUGAUCAAGAACUUAUACAUUGUUGUACAUAUAUUACUCAAAAGCUUUCUCUGA